AUGUCGACCAAGGCUGAGUCCUCUCGCCCUCGGGCGGCGGACACUAAGAAGGUCCAUAUCGCCGAUACCGCCAUGACUCGCAACAACUGGUACAAGCACGUCAACUGGUUGAACGUCUUCCUCAUUCUCGGCAUCCCGGCCUAUGGCUGCAUUCAGGCCCUCUGGGUGCCCCUCCAGCUCAAGACUGCCAUCUGGGCGGUUGUGUACUACUUCUUCACUGGCCUGGGUAUUACUGCAGGAUACCACCGUCUCUGGGCUCACUGCUCCUACUCCGCAACUCUGCCUCUGCGCAUCUGGCUCGCCCUUGUUGGUGGCGGUGCCGUUGAGGGUUCCAUUCGCUGGUGGGCUCGCGGCCACCGUGCUCACCACCGUUACACCGAUACCGAGAAGGACCCUUACUCCGUCCGCAAGGGUUUCUGGUACUCCCACCUCGGCUGGAUGGUCAUGAAGCAGAAUCCCAAGCGUAUCGGCCGUACCGACAUCUCCGACCUGAACGAGGAUCCCGUCGUCAUCUGGCAGCACCGUCACUAUCUGAAGGUCGUCUUCGGUAUGGGUCUGAUUGUUCCCAUGCUCGUUGCUGGUCUCGGCUGGGGUGAUUGGUUCGGUGGUUUCGUGUACGCUGGUAUCCUGCGCAUCUUCUUCGUCCAGCAGGCCACCUUCUGCGUCAACUCCCUGGCUCACUGGCUCGGUGACCAGCCCUUUGAUGACCGCAACUCUCCCCGUGACCACGUCAUCACUGCUUUUGUCACCCUGGGUGAGGGAUACCACAACUUCCACCACGAGUUCCCCUCCGACUACCGCAACGCCAUCGAAUGGCACCAGUAUGACCCUACCAAGUGGACCAUCUGGACCUGGAAGCAGCUCGGCCUGGCCUACGACCUCAAGCAGUUCCGUGCCAACGAGAUCGAGAAGGGCCGUGUUCAGCAGCUCCAGAAGAAGAUUGACCAGAAGCGUGCCCGUCUUGAUUGGGGUACUCCUCUCGACCAGCUCCCCGUCAUGGAGUGGGACGACUAUGUUGAGCAAUCCAAGAACGGCCGUGGCCUGAUCGCCAUUGCCGGUGUUGUCCACGACGUGACCGACUUCAUCAAGGACCACCCCGGUGGCAAGGCCAUGAUCAGCUCUGGUAUUGGCAAGGAUGCCACCGCCAUGUUCAACGGUGGUAUCUACUACCACUCCAACGCUGCCCACAACCUGCUGUCCACCAUGCGUGUUGGUGUCAUCCGUGGCGGCUGUGAGGUCGAGAUUUGGAAGCGCAGCCACAAGGAGAACUCCGAGUAUGUUCGCGAUGAGGCUGGCCAGCGCGUCAUUCGGGCUGGCCAGCAGGUCACCAAGAUUCCCGAGCCCAUCCCCACUGCGGAUGCCGCUUAG